AUGCAUUCUGCUUUUAACUACUUAGUUAUUGGUGGUGGUAGCGGAGGCUUGGCUUCAGCCAGAAGAGCUGCCAAAUACGGCAUGAAAGUCGCUCUUAUCGAAAACAGCAGACUUGGCGGCACUUGUGUCAACCUCGGCUGUGUCCCUAAAAAAGUCAUGUGGAAUGCUGCACAUCUUAUUGAAGAUCGCAAAGUCUAUGACUCUUAUGGUUUUUCCUCAGGCCUCUCCACAGACUGGGCAACCUUAAAAGCCAACCGUGAUGCAUAUAUCGAGAGAAUAAACAACACCUACAUCACAAACCUAAAAAAAGAAGGAGUCGAGGUGCUCAAAGGAUUCGCCAAGUUCUCAGGAAAAUCCUCUAUAGUCGUCAAUGAUUCUUCAGAAUAUACCUCAUCAAAUAUCUUAAUUGCCUCAGGCUCUGAAGCGACAUAUAGAGGUUUCCUCUAUAUAGCGCUAAAAGCGCAGACAUUUUCCCAGGAGCUUUCCAAGUUCGUCGGACCAAAUCGCUUUUUGGUCCGACCAAGGCAUUGAUUUGGUGCAACCUACCGAUAAAUUCCGAUCAGAAUUUAUCGGCCUUACAGCGCCAAACAUAGGAAACUUCUAUAUCCUGAUAUUCCUGGAAAAGAGCUUCUCAGCAGCAGUGAUGAUUUUUUCUAUUUACAAGAAAAGCCUAAAAAGGUGCUUAUACUAGGAAAUGGGUAUAUUGCAUGCGAGCUUGCCUGUAUGCUAAAUUCUUUUGGAGUAGACACUACAUUAGCUAUACGUGUAAACCAAUUUUUAAGAGCUUUUGACGCGGAUUUGACUAAAAUUUUGAAAGAAUAUAUGGAGCAAGAAGGUGUAAAAUUCAAAAUGCAGACUUUAAUUUCAGAGGCUAAAAAAAUAGGUGAUAAGCUGGAAGCGACUUUUAAUAAUGGCGAAAAAGACCAAUAUGAUAAAAUUUUUUGUGCUAUUGGGAGAAAGGCUAAAAUAGGGGGAAUGAAUUUAGAGCUCACUGGAGUAAAACAAAAAGAUGGUUGUGCUGAAAAAAAUUCUGAUAGCUUUUCUGCUGCCUUUUUACCAUCAAAAAUGACGCUUAUUUUUCAGGUAUUUUAAUGAUUAUUUUCUUCGAUUUUACAGGAAUAUACCCCUCUUUUUUGAUAAAUAUUUAUCGGGAUCUAAAUAUUAUAGCUGGAGAUUUAGCCUUAAAGAUAUUAUAAAUAAAGAUUUGCUGCAAUCUUAAUAUUAAACCAUUGGUUUUUUUCUGGAAAAAGUAGGAAAAACCCUUCACCAUUUUUGACGGUAAAUAAGCAGCAUGGAAAAUAUCCACCUUUUUGUCCUGAUAACCCCAAAGAUGACGGGUUUAUCAUUACAAAUGAAUGGGAAGAAACUUCAACAAAAGGGAUUUAUGCACUUGGAGAUGUCACUGGAAAAAUCCAAUUGACUCCAGUUGCAAUUGCUGCAGGGAGAAGGCUUUCUGAUAGGCUUUUUGCAGGCAAAACCGACUCUAAAUUGGACUAUAGCAAUGUGCCAACUGUUAUGUUUUCGCAUCCUCCAUUAGGAACUGUAGGGCUGACUGAGCUGCAAGCUCGAGCGAAGUAUGGAGAUGAUGUAAAAGUUUAUUAUAAAAAAUUCACAAAUAUGUUUUUCUCGUUAUCUCCACAUAAAGAGCCGACUGUAAUGAAAGUGGUUUGUGUUGGGAAUGAAGAAAGGAUUGUAGGAAUGCACGGGCUUGGAAGAGGUGUUGACGAAAUGAUUCAAGGAUUUUCAGUAGCUGUUAAGAUGGGAGCAAGAAAGAAAGAUUUGGAUAAUACAGUAGCAAUUCAUCCGACUGCAAGUGAAGAGUUUGUCACAAUGACUUAA